AUGUCGUCCUCCACGAUACCCGAAAGUAUGGAAGCAGUAAUAUUCAAAGUUCCAUACAGCGUUGCUGUCGAGACUGUACCUGCACCCACAUUGAAGGAUGAAGGUGAUAUCAUUCUGAAAGUACAUCUAGCUGGAUUAUGUGGAUCCGACUUACAUCUCUAUAGGGGUCACGAAGAUGCAGGUAAAGAUUAUAUAAUGGGCCAUGAAGUGGUAGGCACGAUAGUGGAGAAGGGAAAGGGAGUUAAGAAGUUUGACGUGGGGGAUGUCGUAGCUGUACCAUUUACGGUAUCAUGUGGAUCAUGCUGGUAUUGCUCCUCAUCACAUACUGCCAGAUGUCAUAAAUCCCAGUUAUUCGGUACACCCUCUCUACCAGGUUGUCAAGCUGAAUACGUGCGGAUACCGCUAGCGGAUGGAUGUGUAUUUAAGAAACCUUCUGAACUGCCCGACGAACUCAUGUUGCUCAUGGCCGAUAUAUUACCUACGGGCUACAGUGCCGCUGCGAAUGCUAGGAGCUUGUUGGAUGGGCCAGGGGGAAAGAAGAAGGAUGGAGUAUGUGUGGUGAUUGGUUGUGGACCUGUCGGUCUCUGCGCAAUCUCUUCAGCUCUCACGCUCUUCUCCAAAGUUUUCGCUACGGAUCUUACCUCCUCCCGACUCGCCCUAGCUGAGAAACACGGUGCUAUAGCCUUGCCCUCAGCAGAACUGAAAAAAGCAGUGUUAGAGGCUACCGACGGAAGAGGUGCAGAUGCCGUACUGGAAGUUGUAGGACACGAAGGAGCUUUGUUAACUGCUUUGGAUAUUGUUAGACCGUACGGCGCGGUCAGUAGUGUCGGUGUGCAUAGUCAGCAGAUCAAGUUGAAUGGAGGGGAUCUAUAUGAUAAGAAUGUCAAACUCCAAUUCGGUCGAUGUUCCGUACGGACAUUCUAUCAACCAGCUUUGGAAGUGUUGGUUGCCAAUCAAGAUAUAUUCAAAAGUUUUAUCGAAAACAAAGUAGGAUUCAGUCAAGCUGAAGAAUACUACCGGUUGUUCGAGAAGAACAAAGUCGCUAAAACGGUGUUUGUCCCUGGCCAGUAA